AAAAUAGUAGCACUAAAAGGCGUAAAUUAAAGAGAACUCCUUACUGAAUACUUUUCUUUUACCAAUAACUUGCCUUGAACCAAAUUAAGCAGAACAUCAACGAAAAUCCAACAUUACACUUUAUCUAAACAUAUAGACUGUUUAAAAGGGAUUUUACAUAUCUAAAUUAAGCCAAAUUUUAACGGCGGUUUUUCCGAGAGAGCAAUGUUAUUGUCACGUGAUUAUAAUGGCAUUAAGAGUUUAUCCUGUCGUAGAUCGUGCUGAGGUCGACAUGAUGUAAGAGAGAAUGAGUGUUUGGAAGAGAUUGCAGAGGGUGGGAAAAGAUGCCUCCAAAUUCCAGUUCACUGCCUCAUACCAAGAGCUGGAAGUAGAAUGUACCAAAAAAUGGCAACCCAACAAGUUAUGUAUUGUUUGGACGCGACGAAGCAGACGAAGGUCUACAAAGCUCCACACCUGGGAGCCAACCAUUCAAAAUCCAUACAAAGGUAUGGUGACCUGGACUGUCCCAGAAAACAUUGAAAUCCAGGUGACUUUGUUCAGAGACGGUCAGCAUGUGGAGUAUGAAGACAAAGAGUGGAUAUUCCAGAUCGAAGAUCAAUCCAUGGCCGGAAGGAGAAAGAUCCUGGCUACGGCACCAAUUAACAUUAAAGAGUUUGCCUCUUCUUUACCAACUCAACAUACCAUGAAGCUAACCUUGAGACCUACAACUAAAAAAAUUGUCAGCGCCUCAAUGCAGUUUACAUUGUCUUGUCUGUUCCUAAGGGAGGGAAAGGCCACAGAUGAGGACAUGCAGUCAGUGGCAAGUCUGAUGAGCAUUGGUAAGACAGACAUAGGCGUGAUGGAGGAUGUGGAGGAGGUGGAUGAGGAGUCAAGCAAGGAUUUCUCCUCGAGGCUCUCUGAGAUCACCUCCGAGUUCGCUAAACUCGAAAGUCACCAUGACGGUAAUCCGUUUGGAAAUCCCUUUGAGGAUGACCUUGACCUGGAAUGUGACUUCUGUGACCCAGUGAUAGAACAGAAACCUGUUUCUCUGAAUCCCUUUGAGGAGAGUGAGGAAGAGGAGGAAGCCACUAACCCUUUCACUGAAAACUCUGCUUCUAAUGACUCUACAAAUGCUCUCACUGCUAGUCAAUCAGUCAACCCCUUUGACUCCCUUGACUCUGUAAAACCAGAGAAAAAAAGUGAUAUUUUGCCUGUCAAGAAAAGACGGGCCCCGCCCCCUCCUUCAGGGAGAUCUAAAAGUGACAUGUCUAACAAAGAAAGACCUCUCUAUACAGGCACGCCCCCAUCCUCCCCUGAGGAGCAGAGAAAGAGAGCAGAGAGGGCUAUAACCCCUCCCUCGGAGUCCUUGGACACCUCGGCCAGUUCCUCCCUCACUGCCAGCCCCUCCAUACAGUUGUCUCCACAGCAUAACUCAAGUGAUCUGGAAGGCGACCGCAAAGUCUUAGAGCCACUGGACAUGAACCAGCUGGAUUCUCCAUCCAGAGCACCAGACUCAACAAAGAGCUUGCUGGACUGGUGCAAAGAGGUCACUAAAGGGUAUAAAGGGGUCAAGGUCACAAACUUAACUACAUCUUGGAGAAAUGGAAUGGCCUUUUGUGCUGUGGUUCAUCAUUUCAAGCCAGAUUUAAUAGAUUUCAAAUCACUGGCUCCCCAUGAUAUAAAAGGAAACAACAGGAUUGCAUUUGAUGCGGCUGCGACGUGUGGCAUCCCCCGACUGAUUGAGCCCUCGGACAUGGUCCUUUUAGCGGUCCCUGACAAGCUGUCUGUGAUGACCUACUUACAUCAGCUGAGAGCGUACUUCACCGGUCAGACGUUAGAGGUUCAACAGAUAGGUACAAAUGCAAGAGAAAGUAUGUACACCAUUGGAGAUAUGGAUGCAAAUACUCAGAGUGAAAUCAGCAGAGAAAUGUAUGGAAAGAAUCUAGUCAGAGAGAGUAACAAGAAACACAGCAAAGAAAGUAGUCCUGUCAAACAGGACAGCAGAGAAAAUAGUCCCCAAAAAUCACAAACUAAAGAAAAUAGUCCCACAAAAUUGCAAAGCAAAGACAACAUUGAUGUUGCAAAAUCAGAAUUUCAAAGAAGUAAGAGCAAAGAGUCUAGUCCCCCAAAGCCAUUAGACUUCUCGCAAAAUGCCAAAGUAAGUUCUGUGAUAGAUGAAUCUGUGAAAUCUGCUAGUUCCGCCCCCGCUGACAGUGACGAUGAUGUGUGGCAGCCCCAGAGUGGGAGUAAAGCCUCCUCACCACUCAGCGGCCCUGGAUCUGACCGUGGUAGUAGUGUGGGAUCGGUGGACUCUUCUGUCUCUCCUCGGGCCCUUUCCCCAUCCUCUGGGGGCAGUGAGCAGUCAUCACGGGCCUCCACCCCUUCCUCUCCCCCCUCUAGUACUGCUUCUCCCAAGAGAGGAUCUAGUGGAGCCAAAAAGAUCAAUAUAAGCGACAUUGACACCAUUUUUAAACCUAAACAGGAAGAACAAAGGAAGUCUCGACAAGAGGAGUUGAAGGAAAGAGCAAAGUUUCUGUUGGAUCAGGCCAGGAAAGAAGCAGGCAUUGGGGAAACUCAAAGCUCUCCUGCAAAGGAGGCAGAAAAAGAUGUCUCUGUGGAAACUGAAGACAAACAGAAACGAUUAAAAGAGCGAGCUCGACAGCUUAUAGAGGAAGCUAGAGCUGGGAUAGGUCAACCUGAGGUCAGCCUGCCAAAAAGACCCAGCCAGGAUCUUACAACAGAAAACGACUCUUGUAAAUCGACGCUGCGAAUGCGACGGAUUGUUCGUACUCCUGGUCUUUUUAUCAUUAAGAGCGAGUCAUUGUCUCUCAAUAAUGGAGAAACCAAUAAGACCGAGCGAACAUUGAAGAAGUUCAGCCUCAAACAGCCAAUGCUCACUUCAUCCCUGACAGAGACAGCAAAGCAGGAAGAGUCAGCAAGGGAAGUUAGUCCUGAGAAUGAAAUGGUCCAUUCAACAUCGGAUUUCUCCUUAACAGAGAGCAGUGAGGGCUCCCGUGACGAAGAUGAUUCAAGUUCCUCUCCAGAUUCUCUAGAUAUUGAUAACCACGUCGAAAGAAAGAAGGAUGAGCAUCUGCAGGACACCAAUCAGUAUGUCCAUAACGAGAUGGAGGCCCUGGAGAGGGAACAGACUCAGAUUGAUAGACAGGCAGGAGAGCUGGAGGCCAAGCUGAGGAAAAUCAUGGGAAAAUCCAAAUACAAACGUUUAGAAGAGAAAUUAAUGCAAGAUUGGUUUUUAUUGGUUAAUAAACGGAAUGCCUUAAUCAGAAGACAGAUGCAACUAAACAUCCUGGAAAAAGAAGACAAUUUAGAGAAAAGAUUUGAGUUGUUAAACAGGGAGUUACGUGCAAUGAUGUCUAUUGAAGACUGGCAGAAAACUGAUGCCCAGAAGCAUCGGGAGAAACUUCUUCUGGAGGAACUAGUGGACAUUGUGAACAAAAGAGAUGAAAUGGUUCAACACUUGGACUCACAAGAAAGAGCCAUUGAAGAUGAUGAGCAUUUGGAUAGAAGGAUAACUCAGGGUAAAAUCCUACAUGACAAAAAGGAAUGCUGCAUCCAGUGAAAAAAGGAAUGCUGCAUUCAGUGAAAAAAGGAAUGCUGCAUUCAGUGAAAAUAAGGAAUGCUGCAUUCAGUGAAAAAAGGAAUGCUGCAUUCAGUGAAAAAAGGAAUGCUGCAUUCAGUGAAAUGGCCAUCAACAGAGUGUGUCUGGUUCCCUCGCCUACAGCUCGGUGUACCAGUUGAGGACACGACUUUACUGUGAAGUACUUGACAUACUUAUACAGAGCUAUUGAUGUUUCAGUACUGCUUGGAUUUGUAUUGUAUGUACUGGAUUUAUUCCAAUUAUCCGUAGAAUUGGCUAAAAACCUGACAUAAUGUCUGUUGUUUUGGGGUUUGUUGAGAUUUUUUUUUCAAAUAGAACCAGAAAAAUUUUUCCAAUAUUUUACACAAAAAGUAACAUAAAAUCUAACUUUAACUGAGAAUGCUAUAACUUAGAGAAAUGUGAGUACUUGCAAAAUAAUUUACAUCUGUUUAUAAUGUAAGAAGAUUGUUAUUGCUAAUAGUACAGUUUAACGUUAAAAAGUACUCCGGAAAUCCUUACAUCUGUGUGCACUGAUGUUACUAUGAAUUGCAUAACCAAGUUGUUGUACCAUGGGAAAACAGCUUUAUUUGUAUAUUGAUUCAACAGAUUCAAUUGAGAAUUUAUUUCACAGUCAUACACUUUCAAUAAUAAAUGUUUUACAUAUUUUUUUCACGGAGGCUUCAUCUUCAUCUUUUGAAUCAUUGCUAGGUGUUUUGCCUGUAUUGUCAAGGCAAAUGAGUACAAAUACGUGUACGUAAUAUCAUAAAAUUUUUCAUGAUAUAAUAUAUAUUAUAUAAUACUGUUUUUGAAAAUAAAACUUCUGACUGAACAAAGUUCAGAAUUUAACAUUUUUUCAGCUUUUGGGUGGACUAUGUAAGCUAUAUGUAACCUUUUGUACUGGUGAAUAUGCACGUAAGCACAUUUCAGUGUAUUUAUACUUAAAUAAUUUGAGGGGUGGGAAUGUAAUUCCACGCCAAGCCCUAAUUGUGAAGGAAUCACCUUCUAGCUGUCUCUUCAGUUGUGGGACACCCCUGAUAUUUUUCUUACAUUUCUGGGACACCCCUGAUAUUUUUUUACAUUUCUGGGACAUCCCUGGUAUUUUCCUUACAUUUUUGAACACCCCUGGUAUUUUCUUAUAUUUUUUUGGGACACUUUCAUUAUUUUCCAGGUGUGCUCCCGACCCAAUCUGCCUUAUUCAUUUUAUAGAGCUUACUACCCCGGUAUUCUAAAUUCAUGUUUUGUGUUUAAAUGGUGCAUUUUGGCAUAAUUGUAUGAGCUACAUGAAUUAAAUAUAAUGGCGGAUAUCUCAUCGACUGAUGUUUUUGCUAAAUUAUUUCAAGUAGGGUUUAUUCAAAUGGACAAUCUUGAUGUGUAGCAGUAAGGGGAUGGGUUUUGAUAAUGGUUACUAUGACCAGUUGAAUCAGUAUUAUGGCUUGUCCUAUAUUGAAGAUUUAUUGUAGGCUCCAGCAAAAUGAACUAUUUUGUCAUCUUUGCAAAAGUGAUGAAAACUUUUUCAGAGUUUGUAAAAGAUUUUUCAAAAACUGGGCAUUAAGAGGUUUGUCUUUGUAUUUCAUGAAAAAAAUUAUAUUGGAUGUAUUUUGGAAUAGCUUACAUGUAUUCAAUUAUAUGUCCAAUUCAUGGAGAAUGUAAAAAAAAAACUACAUAAAAUACUCAUUAGACUUUAUAAGACACUGUAGCUUUAUUUUUUAACUGAUUGGUUUUUUUUAAUGAUGAGACAGAUUUGUCCUGCUCUGGUUUGUUCGUCUGUAGAGGUUAGAUGUAGAUUGAUGUAUGCAUUGAGAUAGACUGUUCAGUUGUGGUGCUUUAUUUGUUGCCAUAUAUAUAUAAACCCAUGUAUUUGUCAGAAUAUUGUACUGAAAUAAACAUCUCAAAAUAUUA